UUGUUAACACAGCUGUAAUCAUUCGAGCUACGCAACCUCAAAAAUAGAAGGUGACGACGGUUAAGUACGGGUAUAAAGUAAUAGUGAGAAAUGUUAAGUUACAAUAUGAUUCCUAUAGUUCAAGAUAAUAUGAAUGACAUUGGGUCAAGAGUAAAUAUUUUAACAAAUGUUUCCUCAAAUGCAUAUUACGGUUAUCAACCCCAAGUAUAUUUAGAAGAAAAAAACGCUGCCCAAACAAACCAAACUGCACGAAUGGAUAAUAAUACAAGCAAUAUGGAUAUUCAAUAUAACAAUAACAAUAAUUUAUGUUAUGAAGCAAUGCAAACGGAAAAUAUUCCGCGGCAAGUAAACAGGAAACGUCGUUGGGAUCACCGCGACGAAUUUGUUGAAUUCAAAAAAAGGCGGCAAACAGAUAAAUGUCCUCUCCAUUGUCCUUCAGACCAAGAAGUAUACUCUCCACCUGCCCAAAAGCCUGUAUAUUUACGAAAACCAACUCACAAUAUUCCUGAUCUACCUCGAUGUAUAAUGGGACAUUAUAUUUAAAUAAAAAAUAAUACUAAGUUUGUAACAUUACCUGUAUAUAUUAUUUUAAUUCUUGUAGAAUAAAAGUUUGUGUUUCUACAGAAAGUAAUGUGGAAAAGCGAAAAAAAAGUCAUAUAGAGGACCGGGAACAUCAGAGUUUGUUGGAAGACAUUCUAAGGGAAACACAUGGUGUUAGUAUU